CUAAUAUAUAUGGAGUGCAAAGUAUAAUCCGUAGUACUGCACGGCCGGGACCGGCGCAGGGUAGCUAGUGUGUCUGGCUGGCCUGUCAUAUGUAAUGUAUUUCACUUAGGAAACCCUAAUUACAUGUAAGUAAUUAACUAACCCUAGCUAGCCAUCGUGCCCCCCGUCUAUCAAUAUAUAACAGGCAGAGUUGCAAGAGGAAUUGCAUCGAUCCAUCCAUCAAAGACACAGCACACACAAGUCACUAAGCUAAUCAUCAGGCAGCUAGCUCGCAACUAAUGGCUCCCCUUGAGGCGUUACUGCUACUGCUUCUCUUCUCCCAAGCAUUGUCUGUCGAUAUCGCCCAUGCAGCCGCAGCAGCAGGAGGAGGAGCCGACGAGGCCAACUAUUACUACUUCGUGGCAGCUAGCUCUCCAAACCCCGUCUGCCAAGGCCACAGAGUGAGUCCGCCGUUAUCGGGCGGCGGCUGGGUGCCGUUGAGCCGUCCUCAUGGCCCGUGCUCCUCCUCCAUGGACGCGCCGCCGUCGUCCGUCGCCGAGACGCUCCGGUGGGACCAGCACCGCGCCGGCUACAUCCAGAGGAAGCUCGAAGACCAAGUGCCCAUCACGCGCUCCGUCAUCACGCAGGUCUCGCACCAGGGCGUCGUGCAACCCAAGGUGGGCACGCAGGGGCAGGGCACGGGCGUGCAGCCCGCCGGUGAGCCGGUGGGCGAUGCUCCGACCGGCGGCAGCGGCGGCGUGGCCCAGACGAUGGUGAUCGACACGGCGAGCGACGUGCCGUGGGUGCAGUGCGCGCCGUGCCCGGCGCCGCACUGCCACGCUCAGACGGACGUCCUCUAUGACCCGAGCAAGUCCUCCUCGUCCGCGGCCUUCCCCUGCAGCUCCCCGGCCUGCCGCAACCUCGGGCCCUACGCCAAUGGCUGCACCCCCGCCGGCGACCAGUGCCAGUACCGUGUCCAGUACCCCGACGGCUCGGCCUCGGCCGGCACAUACAUCUCCGACGUGCUCACGCUCAACCCGGCCAAGCCGGCUAGCGCCAUCAGCGAGUUCCGGUUCGGCUGCAGCCACGCGUUGCUGCAACCCGGGAGCUUCAGCAACAAGACCUCCGGGAUCAUGGCGCUCGGCCGCGGCGCCCAGUCGCUUCCGACGCAGACUAAAGCCACCUACGGCGAUGUCUUCUCCUACUGCCUCCCGCCCACGCCGGUCCACAGCGGCUUCUUCAUCCUCGGCGUGCCCAGGGUCGCCGCCUCCAGGUACGCGGUGACGCCCAUGCUCAGGAGCAAGGCGGCCCCCAUGCUCUACCUCGUGCGGCUCAUCGCCAUCGAGGUCGCCGGGAAGAGGCUCCCCGUGCCGCCCGCCGUCUUCGCGGCCGGCGCCGUGAUGGACUCGCGCACGAUCGUCACGCGCCUGCCGCCCACGGCGUACAUGGCGCUGCGCGCCGCGUUCGUGGCCGAGAUGCGCGCGUACCGCGCCGCCGCGCCCAAGGAACACCUCGACACCUGCUACGACUUCUCCGGCGCCGCGCCCGGCGGCGGCGGCGGCGUCAAGCUGCCCAAGAUCACGCUGGUGUUCGACGGGCCAAACGGAGCCGUGGAGCUCGACCCGUCGGGGGUCCUGCUCGACGGCUGCCUCGCGUUCGCCCCCAACACCGACGACCAAAUGACCGGGAUCAUCGGCAACGUCCAGCAGCAGGCGCUCGAGGUGCUCUACAACGUCGACGGCGCCACCGUGGGGUUCCGCCGUGGCGCCUGCUGAGCCCUACGAUCGUUCGACCGAUCUCAUGGGCUGCUUCGACCUACAUAUCUGCCACCGUUUCGGCCCAAGGGAUAUAUGUUGGGCCUGAUAUAUCCUAUGGGCCAAUAAAUUAAGCCCAUUUGAUUUGUAUUUUGUGUGCUGGAUUAUCUUGAGCUUAUUGGUGUGGAAAGAAGCUUAUAAGAGGUGUUCUUAAAAAAAGAAGAAGCUUAAGAGUUAUUUUUAUUAGUCCAAGAAGGUGAACUUAACUUCUUGGACCUUUCUUGAGUGUGUACCAUAUGUAUGGUCAUCCUUAGAUGAUCGAGAAUAUAUUGUUCGGCCAUGUUUAAUUGAACCAUGAUAAAAUAAUAUAUGAUAUGUUGUGUGUGAAA